AUUUUGUCCGUUUCCGAAAUUCCGUUACCCGGAAGUACUAUUUUAUUAUCGCUGUCGAGACGCUGAUUCCACUGUCCGGCAUCUUGUGCGCGUUUGUCAAAAGGGGUCCCUGUCUGGUUUAUGUACAACUCUGUAGUCAACAAUGUUUGCUUUAAGAUCACUAGCAUUUAAAUCGGUUCCAUUCCCAGGGAAAUCACAGUUGGUAAACUCGGGGCUUCACACCAGUACCAGAUGGAGCGGUGCAAAAGUUGCAGUUGUGCUGUCUGGCUGUGGUGUGUAUGACGGAACAGAAAUCCAUGAAGCAGCAGCGAUCCUGGUGCACCUGAGCAGGGGCGGGGCUGAGGUGCAGAUGUACGCCCCUGACGUGUCCCAGAUGCAUGUCAUCGACCACGGGAAGGGAGUGCCAGUUGAAAACGAGUCCAGGAACGUCUUAUCAGAGUCCGCACGCAUCGCUAGGGGCAACGUCACAGAUCUCGCCAAACUCAGCGUUGGCGACCAUGACGCCAUCAUCUUCCCAGGGGGCUUUGGGGCUGCAAAAAACCUGUCGACGUUUGCCGUGGACGGUCCAGACUGCAAGAUCAACACAGAUGUGGAGCGUGUCCUGAAGGACUUUCAUAAGGCAGGCAAACCGAUCGGGUUGUGCUGUAUCUCUCCUGUGUUGGCUGCCAAGCUGCUUCCUGGGGUAGAGGUGACGGUGGGGCACGAGGAGGAGAAGGGGGGCAAGUGGCCCUAUGCUGGCACUGCUGGGGCUAUUAAGGCUCUGGGAGCCAAGCACAUCGUCAAGGAGGUCACCGAGGCCCACGUAGACCAGAAGAACAAGGUGGUGACAUCACCAGCCUUCAUGUGUGAGACCCAGGUGCACCUGAUCUUCGACGGCAUCGGCGCCAUGGUAACCAACGUCCUCAAACUCAGUGGAAAGUGAAAGAGCAGAACCCACAAUAGUUUAUAAUUAAAUAUCGUACCAAAUAGCAAUGUUGUCCAACACAAAUCCACUUCACCAGUAAACUAUAUCGAAGGAGUGUGCUCGUUAUGUGGUUUUACAGCUCUCAACAAAGUAUUCGUCAAAAGCUUAAGAUUUAGAUUUUAUUAUAUGUGCCAGUAUUCAAUAGAAGUAAUUCUUUUUGUAUGUUUUUGCUGAAAAUCUAGAGAAUAUUAAUUUAUUAUAAUAAUAAACUACUUUAUUCUGCUAACUAGAUACAGGUUAAUUUCCCUGUUUAUAGGAAUGGAAUGGAAUUCUAGAGUUGUAAUUUAGAGAAGCACUACUAGUUCCUGUAUUGUCCAGCAGAGGGCGCUAACAUGUCAUUGGUCACUCGGUUUUAAAUGCAAACAUGUUGAGGUUCUUGUCUCAUUCAAAGAUUCAGAGCAGGUGUACGAAUUUAUUAACUUUAAAAUCAUCUGUGUUUCUAGGCGAAUAAGCUAUAAAUAUCUCAAAUGCUGAAAUCAGAUUUUAAAAUAAUUUUUUAAGCAUUUCAUUCAGACUUGAGACAACUUGCACUAAGGAAAGGCAGUGUUUAGAGAAUGGCUUUACUUACCUGGAGUCAUAUAUAUUGUCAUUGAACUCAUGUCUGUUGAAUAAAGAGAUGUCAGUGAACUCAUCAUGUCUGUGGAAUGAA